AGUGCAGUGUGGGUUGGGGCCGGGGGUGGGGGUGGAGGGGGGUGGCCCAGGUGGCCCUAGGACCCCCCCCCCAUGGAAAACCAGCUAUGGCAUAACACCCUGGGAUGUUGCAAUCAAUACCAAGAAAGCCCCCACGAUGCCGAAGACGUCUUAUUCCUGCUGCUGGGCCUCAUUGUUCUUGUCAACAUUGGCAUCAACGUGACAACUAUGAUGUGGCACGGACUCCAGAACGCCUUAGACAAGAUGAUUGAUUGGACUACUCGGAAAAAUGAAAUUCAGGCCAGCGAAAGUCCCCCCAGUGGUCCCCCAGACAAGGCACAGGACGUCCACAUCCACUGCAUCCUGGACCCUGUGCAGGUGAAGAUGGCCCGACCCACACGGUACUCCUCUUUCUCCUGCCACCGUUUCUCCAGCCAUCACAGCAGCAGUCUUCGCUGUCUUCAUCGCCGCCGCCGCCGCCGCCCCCACCCCCGCCGUGGUCGCCGUCGCCGCUGCAAGCACCAGCAGCAGCCGCAGAACUACAGACAAAUCCCCCAUAGCCGCUCAGUCUUCCAUCACCCACAUCGCAGCCAAAAGAUGUCACAACGACACCGAGUGCCCUUCUUUGAUCGGGAGGACCUGGAUUCCUACCUGGAGGAGCAGGACGACCUGCCCUUCCCGUAUCCCAAGUACCCACGUCGCGGCUGGGGUGGGUUUUAUGAGAGAGCCGGUCUGCCCUCCAGUGUGGGACUGUGGGGCCACCAGGGUGGUAUCCUGGCCAGUCUGCCACCACCCUCUCUCUACCUGUCCCCUGAGCUGCGCUGCAUGCCCAAGCGUGUAGAGGCCAAGUCUGAGCUGCGGCUGCAGUCCUAUGGGCCCCACGGUUCCCAGUCCCGACUGUGGGGCAAUGUGGAGGCUGAGCAGUGGGUCUCGUCUCCACCACCUCCCCGCCGGCUGCCCCCUAACCCAUCUUGGGUCCCCAGGGGGCACAGCCCUUACCCCUCAGUGGGCCGGAUACUGUAUGACUCCUGGGAUCAGCGGCGGCGUGGCAUGGAGGGCUUUGAGCGCCCGCCUACCUUGGUGUCCCGGAACGCCCAGCCCGAGGCCCAGGGCUGUCGGGAGCACCACUCCCCACAGUCCCACCGGCGGAGUCUGCUUGGUCACACUCACGGCCAGUCCCACUGCAGCCCCCAGCCAUCCACGGAACCCUUGGGCUACAGCUCCCGGGACCCCCAUGAAGUGCAGCGCUGGGCAGCCGACUGGGCUGAGGCUCUGCCCGCCCGGCGUCCUCUGACUACCUCUGCUUCCCUCACGGUGUUGGGCGAGGCCUCCCACCAACAGACCCCAGCUCCAGGCUCAGUACGGGUCCCCCAUUCCUCCCAGCCCCGGCCCAAAGUCCAGGUUGCAGAUCCUGCCCCACCCCCGACCACGUUCGUCCCACUCAGCCGGAAUCCAGGGGGCAAUGCCAACUAUCAGGUGUACGACAGCCUGGAGCUGAAGCGGCAGGUGCAGGAGAGCGGAGCCAGGUCCAGCUCACUGCCACCGGCUUCCACCUCCUCCUUAAGGCCCUCUCUGCACAGGAGCCAGACCGGGAAACUCAACUGACCAGCAGGUGGAUAUGGGGCGCGGGGCAGGGCAUGGAGAGAGAAGAAUAAAGGGAAACAGAGUCCCGGAAA